AUGACACCCUCAGACCUCCCACCCAUCGACGCCAAAACCAUCACCACCCUCCUCACCUCUCUCGCUCUCCCAACACCCACCACCAUAACGCCCCUCCAAGUAACCGCCGACUUCCACACCAUCUACCUCAUCACCUACACAUCUCCCCCGGUAUCAAUCGCCCUUCCCACCUCUCCAGACGGCAUCACGCUCAUCCUCCGCAUAUCAGGCACCCACGUCCCGCACAUCAAAACAAUGAACGAAGUAGCCAUCAUGACAUGGCUCCAACGACAUACAUCCAUCCCAGUACCCCGCAUCAUCCACCACGACACUACUACUCACAACAUCUUAGGUCGCGAAUUCACUCUUUUAGAGAGAAUUCCCGGCCAGAGCAUCGACAAGCUAUACCCCAGUUUAAGCGAGGACAUCAAAGUGAAGCUGGUGGACCAACUUAUCGACAUGCUGGUCGAAGUAAACGCCCAUUCGUGGCAGCACAUCGGUGGACUCCAACUUAUAAAUGGUGAAAUCACGCCCGGUCCUUUAUUAGAAGAUACGUUUUGGUUCACGCCAGAUAUCCAGAAAUACUUUCCCGGCGAAUCUUUCCACACACUGAAUCCGCUUGGCCCGUACUCUUCUCAUGCGGAUUUCAUAACCGGCUAUAUCGACGCGUUCAUACGUGCCAUGCAACAUGACUCUCUCGCAUGGAUGAGAGAUAUCAUCCCCCGACUAGACAAACUGAAAGCAAAAGCGCCUGAACUGAACCUAACCAGCAGACUUAUCCUAGCACACAAGGAUCUACACUUUGCAAAUAUCAUGGCCACGCAAGAUGGCCAAAUAACAGGCAUUCUGGACUGGGAAUUCGCAGGCAUAGUCCCCUCCGUGCGAUGGGACCCCGUGCGCGCGUUCCUCUGGAGCGGGACGUAUUCCCGGGACGCGCAGGACGAAAAGACGCGACUACGCAGCAUAUUCGAAGCACAACUCGAGAGGAGGGGCAUACAAAAGUGGUGGGAGGAGGGGGGUGAGGAUGUAGAGAAUGUGUGGGAGGUGGUCCGGUUUAUGAGGGCGAUUGUGGAGGUUUGUCCGAGGGGGGAAAAGGAGGAGCAGAGUAGGGCUUGGAGAGGAUCUGUUGAGACUGCAUUGACAAAGCUUGGUGUUUAG